AUGCCAUAUCGUGGAAAAUUACGACAACUGGGGAAGGCCUGUGUUGGCCACUGUAAUUCUGGAUUUAUCAGAAUAAGGAGUGGUGCAACAGCUGGUACUCCGAAGGCUAGGUGUUUCUCUACUAGUAAGAGCAACGACAUGAGGUUUGUACAAUUUGUAAAUAAAAAUGGUGGGCCCCAGCACCUGGGAGUCCAGUUGAAAGCUGGUGGGGACAUAAUAGCCAUUUCCUCGAUAGACUCGAGAAUUCCCAACAAUUUGAGAAAAUUCCUCGAGGGUGGAGAGGUCCUCGCGCAAAAAGCCAGACGGAACGGUGAUACCAAUCUGAGUGAUUACAUACAGAGAAUAAUUGCCGAGGGGCGGAGUGUUAUCGCCGAGGCAGAUGUCAAUUUCUUGGCACCGAUCAAUCGUAUGGACAAAUUGGCUUGCGUUGGACUUAAUUACAGUGGACACUGUCAAGAACAGGGCCUUGAGCCACCAAAGAGGCCAGUUGUGUUUAGCAAAUUCGCGAGUAAUAUCGUUGGACCGACUGACAAUGUUGUCUUACCUUCGAUUUCAGAGAAAGUUGAUUGGGAAGCAGAAUUGGCGAUAGUAAUUGGAAAGGUCGCCAAGGGCCUCGACAAUCACGACGCCGAGGACUGUAUAUUCGGCUACACAGCCGCCCAGGAUAUCUCCGCAAGGGACUGGCAGAAGGGAAAAAUGAACGGGGGUCAGUUCCUACUGGGGAAGGCCAUGGACACGUUUUGUCCACUUGGUCCAGCAGUCGUUACCAAAGAGGCUAUCCCUGAUAUUCAUAAUCUCACGGUAAAAACCUGGGUCAAUGGGGAUUUGAAGCAGAAUGGAAACACCAGUGAACUUAUCUUCAAACCUCGAGAUAUUGUCGCUUAUAUUUCCCAGUUCAUGACGCUGUUACCAGGAGACGUUAUCCUCACUGGAACUCCAGGGGGCGUAGGAUUUGCUCGGAAUCCUCCGGAGUAUCUGAAGAAAGGAGACGUCCUCGAGACAGAAAUCGAAAGCAUCGGUCGCCUGAAGAACAACGUCGUCUAGGCAUCUGCCCAAGACCGCUGAUUACCCAUCCCUGUGCCAUCUGUAAACAAUCCAUCGACGUUCCAACGACGUUCCAAAAGCUUUAUGAAUAUUAUCCAAUGAAUUUUUACAAUUUCCCAUUCUUUCUCUCAUUUCUUCAAUUCGACAAUUGUAUCUCCUAAAUUUCCAUUAGUCUGAACCGCUCUGCACAGACCAGCCGGUGAAAUCAACAAAUAUUUUGAUAGCCCCUCACAAUACCAUAAUUUAUGUACUUUCUGUAGAUAUUUUUAGACAUUUUCAAUAAAAAAUAGAUUAUCCAUUGCCACA